GAAAAAAAAGGAACAGAUUCCUCGAGGACCUGUUUUCCUUGGGCGCUUCAUAUUCCCGGAGCACCGUCCACCGCCGUGGCUGCUGCCUUGGGCGAAUUCUCCGUUCGGAUAAACCAUCGUGGCGUGUGGUCUUCCUUUUCCUCUUUCUCUGUUUGGUUUUUUUUGUCUACUGGUCUGGUCGUUGAAAGCGGAACUUGACGAUAAUGGCUUCACUCACCUCCGUCGAAUUGAAUUAUCUCGUGUUCCGAUACCUUCAAGAGUCAGGUUUCACACACUCUGCAUUUGUUCUAGGUUACGAGGCAGGGAUAAAUAAGUGCAACAUUGAUGGGAAUAUGGCACCGCCCGGUGCUCUGAUCAAAUUUGUUCAAAAAGGACUGCAGUACCUGGAGAUGGAAGCAAAUCUGUGCAACAGUGAUGCUGAAAUGGAAGAGGACUUCUCGUUCUUUCAACCCUUGGAUUUGAUCACAAAGGAUGUAAGUGAAUUGCAGCAAAUGCUGAGGGGUAGAAAGAGAAAAGAUAGGGAUAGAGAUAAAGACAGGGAAAAAGAAAGAGAAAGAGAAAAAGAUAAAGAUAAGGAGCCCGAAGGAGAACACGAAAGAGAGCGUAGCCGAGUAAAAGAGAAGGAUAGGUAUGAGAAGCAGAAGGAGCGAGAAAGGGAAAGAGAGAAGAUGGAGAGGGAGAAGGGACGAGAAAAACAGACUGAAGAUCCUACAGAUAGGGAAAUGGCUGUAGACCAAAGUGAUAAAGGGAAUGCUGGGGAUGCGGAGCAUGGGGCUUCUACAGGCGCAGAACCUAUGGAUGUUGUAAGGAUCUCUACAUUUCAGACUUGUAACAUUCCUACUUCUGAUGUGAUGAUUUUGAAAGGGCAUAGUUCUGAGGUCAGUGCUUGCGCAUGGAGUCCAACAGCUUCACUUCUUGCAUCAGGGUCCGGUGAUGCUACAGCACGUAUCUGGACAAUUCCAGAAGGUACAUCCAGAUCUGGGUUGCAUAAUGGUCCUUUAAACGUCUUGAUGUUGAAGCAUGUAAAAGGAAGGACAACUGACAAGAGCAAGGAUGUGACAACUCUUGACUGGAAUGGAGAGGGAACUUUACUUGCUACUGGUUCAUGUGAUUGCCAAGCAAGGAUUUGGACUACAAAUGGUGAGCUUAAAAGUACCUUAAGCAAGCACAAGGGCCCCAUUUUCUCCCUCAAGUGGAACAAGAAGGGUGAUUAUCUCCUAACUGGAAGUGUUGAUAAAACUGCCAUUGUAUGGGAUGUAAAGGCAGAGGAGUGGAAGCAACAGUUUGAAUUUCACACAGGACCAACUCUUGAUGUCGAUUGGCGCAACAAUGUAUCAUUUGCAACAAGUUCCACAGACAGCAUGAUCUAUCUAUGCAAGAUCGGAGAAACCCGGCCUGUCAAAACCUUUGCUGGGCAUCAGUGCGAGGUUAAUUGCGUAAAAUGGGAUCCCACAGGUUCUUUGUUGGCCUCAUGCUCAGACGAUAUUACUGCCAAGAUAUGGAGUAUUAAGCAGGACAACUUUGUCCAUGACCUGAGAGAGCACUCCAAGGAAAUUUAUACAAUAAGAUGGAGCCCAACUGGGCCUGGAACCAACAAUCCAAACCAGCCGCUAAUGCUUGCGAGGCAAAUACAUUCAUUUUUUUUGGCAAUUCAUUUUAUUUUCCCCUCAAAUGAGAUGAUACAUUCAUUUGAAAACACACAAGCGCAGUGCGUCAUUCGACUCGACUGUGAAGCUAUGGGAUGUGGAACUUGGGAAGAUGCUCUCCAGCCUGAAUGGACACACGGAUCAUGUGUACUCUAUUGCGUUCAGUCCAAACGGGGAGUACAUAGCGAGCGGGUCGAUGGACAAGUCGAUGCACAUCUGGUCAAUAAAAGAAGGGAAGAUCGUCAAGACUUACGCCGGCGACGGUGGAAUCUUCGAGGUCUGCUGGAACAAUGACGGCACCAAGCUCGCUGCUUGUUUCGCCGACAACUCCGUCUGCGUCCUCGACUUUAGAAUGUAAACAGUAAAAAACCCAUACAACCUUUUUAGAUUUACUAACCCAUCAGUAUCCGGUUCGAUGGUAGUUUCCAUGGAUGGGCUGUGGAUCUAGUAUCCGGUACGAUGUACCACCCUUUUUUAUCGAUAUAAAUACAAAUCUUAUCAAAAAAAAAAAACCAUCAUCCCUUUUUCUCUUUUUGUCCAAAUUUACUGAAGUUAAACAAGGAGGCUCUUUUUUCA